AUGAAAACGGACCUGAAUUUACUCCUCGAAUGUCUUAAGUAUCAGAUGGACCAGCCAACUUCUCAAAAGGAAGUCUUGGUUACUAUUUAUUCAGUUUGCCACCAAAACAGUGAUGCAAGUGAUUAUUUUCGAGAAAUAGGUGGCCUGAUGUUUGUAAAUCACCUGGUAAAGUCAAGUGUGCACAGCAUAGUAAAGGAAUCUGCCUUAUAUACACUAGGAGGCUUAGCUGAGAACAAUGUGUUCUGUCAGGAGAUUCUGUGUACUUCUGGAUUAUUUGAAGACCUUUGUAUGUUUCUAAGUCAGAAGAAUUCCAGUGUGAAUUUGAAAAGAAUGUCUGUUUAUGUCUUAUUAGUACUUGUUUCAAAUAACAAGAAUGGGCAAACAUAUGUGAGAGAAUCUGGUUGCCUUGACGUUCUGUUACAAUUAUUCAGAACAACUCUUUCAAUAUCUGAGAUGAACCUGUCAGAUAAUGCUAUUAACCAGUCCUAUCAACUCUGGUCUUCGGUCUGCAGUGCUCUCUCUGCAUGUGUCAAUAAUCCCCAGAAUGAGGACAAUCAGAAAAGCUGCAGUUUGGUUUUUCCAUAUGCAAAAGACUGCCUGCAAUGUUGCACAAAACCUGAGAUAGUUCGCCCGAUUUGUUCAUUCAUUGGGCUCACCGUUGCCAAUAAUUCAAGAUUACAACAGUUUUUUGUUUCGAUUGGUGGAUUAACCAUGUUGGAUGUACUUCUUGCCAAAUUGAUAUACAAUUCAUCAGGGAAUUCUUCAAGCACAAAACUUGCAGUUGUGGUGACAAAGACCCUGGAUGCCUGUAUUGCUGAUAAUUAUGCAGUUGGAGCUGCUGUGGCAAGAUAUAACAUUGUGCCCAAUCUACUGACGUUGCUUUCUUACAACAUGAUGAAUUCAGGAGAAAAAUUCAGUAUUAUACUUACCCUUGGACACUGUACAGAUGGCUGUGAGGAGAAUCAGUAUGCUCUGGUUAAGAACAACGGACUUCCACUUAUGAUUCAGGCCCUAACUGAAUCACAGGAUGAAGAACUGAACAAGGCUGCAACCUUUGUGCUUCAGAACUGCAAACGUAUCACGGAGAAACUGUCAGUGAAACUAAGUGAGGAUUCAUCAAAUACAGACGCUGCAGGACAUUUAGAGGAAGACCUACAGCACAGAGAGGGGAUUAUUGAAGACUACAGGGUGAAAGCAAAACAAAUUUUGGAUCGCAUUGAACAGCUCGAAAAUGAACAUCAAGAGGAAAAAGUGAGAAGGCAGAUAUUUACUGAUGGUUAUAACAACAUUUCUCCAGAAGAUGUUAUGCAGACUACAUCAAAACACCUUCAAGUAAAUGCUAGUGGCCAAAGCUCUUGUAGAGGCAUGAGAUGUACAAAAAUUAACCAACCACGGCUAAAUUUGGCAUCAGAUCAGCUGAUUGUUCCUACCCUGCUUUAUCACAUCUGGACAGUCACAGUAAGGGAGCUGCACAGUGAAUGUUUGUUCAAACAACCAGGUUUUGUAGUUAAAAGUGUGAGACGGCAAGUACCAAAUACAGAACCAUUUAAAUUGAGGUCAAGUACAACAAGUGCAGAGACAAGCCGUAUUCUGACUACUAUGGAUUCUAAAGUAUCAGAAUUAAGGUGCUCAGGACGUGUAUUAGACAGCCGCAAUUUUUGCAAGAUUUUGCAGUCUUGUCAACAUCUGUGUGACCAGCACAAAGUUAUUCUACACACUGAAAUGAAAUAUAAAAGGAAUCUAAAAAGAUCUCUUAUCUCCAGAACAGAUUCUUCUAUGGACUAUAAUGAAUCUCACCGGCCAGAGUCCUGUCGUCACUGUGCUCGUUUUUCUACUCAAAUGCAGAAAAACCGUGCUGCGCGCCUGAAUCGGCCCUUACUCCUACCUCAGCAAUGGAGGAGAGACCAUCGACAUCGACAGCUCCAGCAUCGAGACCUGUCUCUGAUGCCGACCGCCAACACCGAAGCUUCCGGCAUCGACGGCGCAAUCUUCCGCUACCACGCCAAUCAACAAGAAGGCCAAGCUGAUCUUCAAGCAAAACAUGAUCCACUGGCGGAGGAGCAAACAAACCAGCAGAAAUGCAACCUGGGUGAAAGCCAUACCUAUUCAUUGGAUGAGGGCCUGGGUGAAAGCCAUACCUAUUCAUUGGAUGAAGAUGAGAAUACUGAAAUUCGUUUACCAGAUGUGCCUGCAACAGCUUUUAAAAGAAGCAAACGAAGAACCAGGAAAGAUUUUACAUCAGAAGAAAUAAACUAUCUUUUGGACGGUGUCCAAAAAAGAGGGCAUCACUGGAAUACAAUUUUAUGGGCUUACCCAUUUCAGAAGGGACGGACAAAUGUUGAUCUUGCUAAGAAAUACUGCAAGUUACAGGAACAGUAA